AUGGCUAUCUCCUUGUGUAAGCGGUCUCUGCUAUUACUGACUUUCUCUGUGCUUACUUGUUGUCUUUCCUCAUCUGUUCAAGAGGACUAUCGCCGAUAUCUUGUGGGCGUUAGUUCCGCAGUGCAUCAUGAUGAAAAUUCCGACGCUACCGGUAUUGCUGUUGAUCAGCGUAAGCUAGCUGGGGCUGUCGAUUGGGACGCUUAUUGUCGCGAGGAGGUUGGUGCCGCAUCGUAUUGCAAGACUUGGGCCAAUGAUCCAGUUUGUCAAGGGUCUGUCGUGAAGUGUGGUGACGGUGUAGUGGUUACGUCUACCGCUCCAGUAACUGUUACUUCUACCGCUCCAGUGACUGUUACUUCUACCGCUCCAGUAACUGUUACUUCUACCGCUCCAGUAACUGUUACUUCUACUCCUAAUGUUGUGUCUACCACCAAGGCAGGUGGUGACACAACUUCUGUCCCAACGACUACAUCUGGCUCGGCUCCUUCGACUACGACCAGCGGCGGAACCGUGAAUUGGGACGCAUAUUGCCAGAAAGAAGUGGGACCUGCUUCCUAUUGCAAGACUUGGGAUAAUGCACCAGUGUGCCAAGGCUCUACAGUGAGAUGUGGUGACGGUGUGGUAUUAACUACAACAGCUACUGUAACUACCGCUUCAACGACUCGAGCGCCCACAACAGAGGUUUCUAGUACGACAGCGUCGACGAUUGCUGUAACUACUACUGGUACCAAAACUGCUACUACUAAUUGCUAUGAAAGUGGUACGUGUGUUCCUGACGUCCAAGGAGCUAUAGAUGCCAUACGCUCUCUGAUAGGCAAUAAUUAUGUUGAUACUGGCAGUGAUAUGCCCGAGGUCUUCAUGCCACAGUACACUAGUAUUACUCCUGCUGCGGUGGUCAGUCCCGGUAACGAUGACGAAGUCAGACAAGUCUUGCAGAUUUGUUUCGAUCACUAUGUCGAUUUCGUUGUCCGUAGUGACGAGGGCAACUCUUUCGCUGGUCAGAGCACCGUACAAGAUGGUAUCGUCAUAAGAAUGAAUCGGCUCACUUCUGUCGAGGUCGAGAGAAGUGGUUUCUUAAGCAGUCAGUACGUUGCCAAGAUAGGUGCUGGCACCAGACUACUCGAGGCUUAUACGAGGCUGUAUGAUCAUAACCCACCACUGAGUGUCAACGGUGGUAGUUGCCCUGGAGUAUCAGUGUCUGGUUUAACCCAAGGAGGUGCCUAUGGGUAUUCCAGCACUAUGUGGGGUAUGCUUGCUGAUCAUGUUCUUGCUGUUGACAUAAUCGUUCAAGAGAACGGUGGUCCAUUCAAGCUAGUACAUGCUACUACUACCAAUGAACACGCUGAUCUUGUGAAAGCCCUUCGUGGUGGUAUGGGUGGUAACUAUGGUGUUGUCACUAUGUGGUAUUUGAGUGCCAUAAGAGCCAGCGAGAAGGUCUACAUCUACCGUGAUAGGCUUGCUCCUAAUACUAAGUCGAAGGCAGAUAUCAUUGCUAAGACUAAGGCAUAUCAGAGUGCGAUGAUUAAUCAACCUUCCAGCAAUGGUCUGUGGGUAAAGUGA